AUACUCGCGGGGUUGCAUGGGCCUCGCAAUCUAGGCCGUCGGAUCGGGCAUCCGAGGCGUGGGCAGUGAUCGGGCGGACGAAACGCGCCGGGGCGAAGCGAAGGCCGAAGGGUAGCUACAAGAGGCCGCGCAGGUGGUGGCGGUGCUUGCCUGCGUGGGUGCACUCCUCUGCAAUUGCCACAACCCUUUGCUUUUGCUUCUCGAGAGCAGUAGGAAAGCAAAAUCCUGCUAUGGGUGCAGCUAGUAGUUAUCCGGCAGAAUCUGAUUUCAAUUUUGAGGGUGAGACUUCUCGGUUUAAGUAUGGAGUACACUGCAUGCGGGGCAGGCGCCAGAAAAUGGAGGAUACUUUUUCAGCUAUUGCUGAUCUGGAUGGUACCAGCUCAACAUCAUUCUUUGGUGUUUAUGAUGGCCAUGGAGGAUCGGACAUAUCAAGUUAUUGUGCAAAACAAUUUCAUGUUGAGGUUCUAAAACAUCCAGAAUAUCUUGAUUCUCCUGUCAAUUCACUGCAGAGUGUAUUCUUCAGAAUGGAUGAGCUUAUAGAACAAUCAGAUGAAUGGAGGGAGAAAGUUAAUCCUGGUGGAUGUACAUCAUGCCUCAAGAAUGGUGUAUGGCCUUUCAACCAAUGGCCAUUUAACACGGAAUAUGGAUCUGAAGGAAGCACGGCAUGUGUGGUUCUUAUUAGAGACAAUGAGAUUAUUGUGGGAAACGUCGGUGACUCUCAGUGCUUACUCUUUGUGAACGGACAGACAAUGGUGUUGACCCAGUGUCAUGUACCAUGUGAUGUGGAUGAAAGUGAGAGGAUUCGAUACAGUGGAGGAUAUUUGAUCAGUGAUUGCUGGAAGAUCAGAAACCCUGAGCAUAGGGCAGGAGGACUAGUAGCACUGAACAACCCUCCUUUUGUGACAUUGCCUAUAUCAAGAUCAAUCGGUGAUUCUGUCUUUAAGCAGAACAAAAGUUUGCUUCCUAAGGAUCAAAUUGUGACUUGUGAACCUAGGAUGAAAACUGUGGAGAUUACUGAGGAUACUGAAUUUCUUGUUAUAGCAAGUAAUGGGAUAUGGAAGUGGUUGACACAUGAGCGGAUCGUCCAGACGAUUCGCCCAUAUCUCUUAGAAGGGGAGACUGACCUGCGAUUUAUCUGCAAACAAGUUUGCAUUGCUGCUGCUAACAGUUGUGUAAUGAGAGACGAUAUGAGUAUUAUUCUGGUUCAGUUCAAGAAGCAUGCUAAGUCAACCGAAGACAAGGAUCAUCACUAGAACGAUGACGAGGCCGAGGAUCCCAACCUCGACAUGCAGGGAGCCCAGGAUGACGAACUGCAGCCACUCUUACCUGCACUUUAGCUCGGAUGCUAGGAGAUCACUUGCAGUUUGUCGAGUGGAUGGAACACAACUCAAGUAUUCUUGGAACUAUGGUCUGGAAUGAUGCCCAUGUUCUUUAGACGAGGAUGUUUGUAGUUUUGGACCCUGAGAUCGAGCAUUGAACUGCUUGAAUUGACCUGUGUUUGGACCGUGGUAUUGUGCGUUCAACACCUUGAAAUGGCCUCAUUGGGUUGUACAAAUCCUGUUUUUGAAUUUCCAGCUAGGGAAUUCAGCAGCAACUCCAUACAAAUCUCAUAACCAAUCGAAGAUACAGCUGUAACCUUCACCUGAUUUUUUAGAUUUAGUGAGAAGGAACCAAACGCGUCAGUUGCAAAGAGGUUCUAGCUUAUUCACCUCGGCUUCCAUAAGACACGAGCAUUGCUCUCCUUGAGUGGGGAAUAAGUUCCUAAGAGUACUUGUGCUUUAAGCGCGAAUGUGGUACAUGUAUCCCAAGGGUUUAUAGAAUGAAAGGAAAGCACAAA